CUUCCUUUUUCAGAUCUGUUCGUAGAAAAAUGCCAAAAUGGGGCCCUCCGACCUGCUGCAAUUUGAAUUUCAGAUAAAGCAAAACGACGCCACUCUUUCGCAAUCGCCAUUUUCUCUAAUCUCUCUGCCUUAGCAGAUAUCUGCUUUUCUAAGGUUAGGUUUUGCACAAGGAAGAAAGGAAAACGACGCGCCUUUUGGCAUUUAUGGCUGAGAAAUCCCUCACCGAUUUUGUUUGAGAAGAGAAAAUGCAGCUGCUUUUCCGCCAUUACUCUCCCUUCCGAGGGCUUUUGCAUGGAGGUUAUGAGGAUAUAACAUCUGAAUUCAACGGACACUGCCUAAUUUUUACUCACAGAGGAAUGCUGAUUUCAUGUUAAAAGAGAUGUUGUUUCUUUGAGAAAAUCACAGUUGACUUCCAUUUGCGAUUGAGGCAUUUUGAUCUAGAUUCGGCCAUAGCCUAUCGGAAUCAUGUUGUCGACAGUGUCGCCUACUUCAACUGCUCGUAGCUCACUGGAGGAGAUGCUUGAAUCCAUCCGGCGUAGGGAUGACCGGCCAAAGGACGUACCACCUGCCUUGCCUGCUCGGCCAAAUUCAAGAGCACGGUUGCCCUCAUCGAGACGGUCAUUACCUAUCAAUUUCAAGAUUGGUGGUGCAGCACCUGAAUAUCUGCCCAAUGAUUCUGUAGGGAGGGAGGAGAAGAAAGAGGAUCAGGAUCCUCGGCAUGAUAAAGAAUCGGGUUUCAAAGGUGUGGUCUUUGGGAACAAAAAGUUGCUGAAGGACUUGCCGGCCGAAUCACCCUAUGUUAGGACGGCUGAAAAUGAGGAUUUUGAACAAAGGUCAGACGAAACAAUGGACAUAGAUACUGCAGCUGUGCCUCCCUCGUCAGCAUCGCCUUCAAAUGAAGAAUGCGGUUGGGGUGACAACAAUGGCUACCUUCUGAAGAAGAAACUUCGUGUUUGGUGUCGGCUUCCAAAUGGCCCAUGGAAGAUGGGAAGGAUACAAUCAAUUUCAGGAGUGGAUACUGUUAUUUCGCUUUCAGAUGGGGAAGUGGUGACGGUGUCCAGUGAAAAUCUAUUACCUGCAAAUCCAGAUAUCCUUGAGGGUGUCAAUGAUCUUAUUCAGCUUAGUUACCUGAAUGAGCCCUCUGUUCUCCACAAUCUUCAGUACAGAUAUUCUCAUGAAAAGAUUUAUACCAAAGCAGGGCCCGUUUUGGUUGCAAUCAAUCCCUUUAAAGAGGUGUCUCUUUAUGGAAAUAAUUUUGUUUUAGCCUAUAGACAGAAACUUAUGGACAGUCCACAUGUAUACGCUAUUGCAGAUACUGCCUUCAAUGGGAUGAUGAGAGAUGAACUGAAUCAAUCUAUCAUCAUUAGUGGUGAAAGCGGGGCUGGGAAAACAGAAACUGCAAAAAUCGCAAUGCAAUACUUGGCUGCACUUGGAGGUGGAAGUGGUAUAGAGUAUGAAGUUCUGCAGACAAAUUCUAUACUGGAGGCUUUUGGAAAUGCAAAAACUGCAAGGAAUGACAACUCUAGCAGAUUUGGGAAGCUGAUAGAAAUUCAUUUUGGUUCAACAGGAAAAAUUUGUGGUGCUAAGAUUCAAACCUGUAAGUUUGCUUUAAACAAAGUGGUUCAGAGAGCUAAAGGUGAACGAUCAUAUCAUAUCUUUUAUCAACUUUGUGCUGGAGCGCCUCCUCUUCUUAAAGAGCUGUUGAACCUGAAAGCAGCCAAUGAAUAUUAUUAUCUGAAGCAGAGUGGGUGUUUAACAAUCGAGGAUGUCGAUGAUGCUCAAAGGUUUCAUAUGCUCAUGGAGGCCUUGGAUAUCGUGCAAGUAUGCAAAGAGGAUCAAGAGAAUGCAUUUGCAAUGCUUGCUGCAGUGUUAUGGCUGGGAAACAUUUCUUUUUCGGUAAUUGACAAUGAAAACCACGUGGAAGUUGUGGAAGAUGAAGGUGUAACUAAUGCUGCAAAGUUGUUGGGUUGCAACACUUGUGACUUGAUGUUGGCCUUAUCCACUCGCAAAAUUCAAGCUGGCAAUGAUAAUAUUGUCCAAAAGCUAACCUUGCUGCAGGCCAUUGACGCUAGGGAUGCGUUAGCAAAAUAUAUCUAUGCUAGCUUGUUUGACUGGAUUGUGGAACAAAUCAACAAGUCACUGGAAGUAGGCAAGUGGCGUACUGGGAGAUCCAUAAGCAUCCUAGACAUCUAUGGAUUUGAAUCUUUUCAUAAGAACAGCUUUGAACAGUUUUGUAUAAACUAUGCAAAUGAGAGACUGCAACAACACUUCAAUCGGCAUCUGUUCAAACUCGAACAGGAGGAGUACAGCCAAGAUGGAAUUGAUUGGACAAAAGUUGAUUUUGAAGACAACCAAGAGUGUCUCAAUCUCUUUGAGAAGAGACCACUUGGCCUAUUGUCUUUGUUGGAUGAAGAGUCCACUUUUCCAAAAGCCACUGAUUUGACCUUUGCCAAUAAGCUUAAACAGCACUUGAGUGUUAAUUCCUGCUUCAAAGGGGAAAGGGGAGGGGCUUUCAGCAUUCGUCAUUAUGCUGGAGAGGUUUUGUAUAACACAAGUGGCUUCUUGGAGAAGAACAGAGAUCCUCUGCCCUCUGAUUCUAUCCAGCUUCUCUCAUCAUGCAGUUGCAAACUGCCUCAGUUAUUUGCGUCAAACAUGCUUAAUCAAUCUCAGAAGCCAGUGAAUCCACUGUGGCGGCUAAAGUCUGCUGAUUCCCAAAAACAAAGUGUCGGGACAAAAUUCAAGGGGCAACUGUUCAAACUGAUGCAGCAGUUGGAAAACACCACACCACACUUCAUCAGAUGCAUAAUGCCAAACAGUAAGCAGCUUCCUGGAAUGUAUGAAAAUGACCUUGUCUUGCAGCAGCUCAGAUGUUGUGGAGUCCUUGAGGUUGUUAGGAUAGCAAGGUCUGGCUAUCCAACUCGAAUGACACACCAACAGUUUGCUCGAAGGUAUGGUUUUCUUCUUUUGGAGGAUGUUACAUCCCAGGAUCCAUUAAGUGUUUCGGUGGCCAUUCUUCAGCAGUUCAAUAUCCUACCCGAUAUGUAUCAAGUCGGUUAUACAAAGUUAUUUUUCCGGACUGGACAGGUUGGCACACUGGAAGAAACAAGACACCGGACCCUGCAAGGCAUUCUAGGGGUUCAGAAAUUCUUCCGUGGUCGUCAAGCUCGCUGUUAUUUCCAAGAGCUCAAGAAAGGAAUAACUACACUUCAAUCAUUUGUCAGGGGUGAAACCGCAAGAAAGGAGUUUGAGCUUUUGGUAAGAAGGUGGAGAGCAGUUGUUCUCAUUCAGAUGCAUAUGAAGCAGCGGAUUACAAGGAAAACAUUCAAUGACCAGCAAAAGACUAUUAUUCUUUUGCAGUCAGUUAUUCGUGGUUGGCUAGCUAGGAGGCAUUUUGAAAGUUUGCAAAGCUAUAAAGAAUCGAAUAUUGAGCAGAGUAAAGUGGAAAGAAAGGCAGAGCAGAAGCUUCCAGAAAUGAAGGAUUCUGAGCAGAAUGUUCAGGUCCGCUCUUCAGUCUUGGCAGAGCUUCAAAGGCGGGUUCUGAAGGCAGAAGCAUCGCUCAGAGAAAAGGAAGAUGAAAAUGCCACACUGCAACAACAACUCAAGCACUAUGAGACGAGGUGGUUGGAAUACGAGGUUAAAAUGAAAUCCAUGGAGGAGAUGUGGCAGAAACAGAUGACAUCCUUGCAGACAAGUCUAGCAGCAGCCAAGAAGAGCAUCGUUGCAGACAAUGUGGUGAGCCCGCCCAACAUGGUGAGUCCACCUGGAAGGUUGGAUGCUUCCCCAGUGGCAAACUAUUAUGACUCUGAAGAUGCCAUGUCUAUGGAAAUGCACACUCCUGACGCCACGCCUGCAAAAGCACUCACUCACCUUCCUGAUAUUGGAAGGCCAAGGGAACCCGAUGGUGUCCAGGAUGCGGUGGGCCGUCUGGUUAAGGAAUUUGAGCAGCGGAAGCAGGUCUUUGAUGAUGACGCGGGGUUCCUCGUCGAGGUCAAAUCAGGACAGUCAACAUCCAGCAUGAACCCUGAUGAGGAGCUCCGGAAGCUGAAGCUCAGAUUCGCCACGUGGAAGAAAGAUUACAAGUUCCGGUUACGGGAGACAAAGGCAACACUCCAUAAGCUUGGGAACUCUGAAACGGAUAGGGUUAGGAAGAAGUGGUGGGGUAAGCGGAGUACAAGGGCAACAUAGUCAUUCGUGGAUUCAUUGGCAUGUGUUUUUGGCUUUUUUAAGCUGGUAUGCAUUGCUCGGGCGGGAUGCAUAUAAAGCUAAGCUCGUUCUUUCUCGAGCAUGGGUGAAAAGAACCGCUGGAAGGGUGUGCAAGACACCAUUCAUUUUUUGUCCGCGAGGUUUCUGUGAUGCAUCUAUUUAUGGCUCUUCAUAUGCUGCCAUGCUUGUGGUGCAUGAGAAGAGGGUUGUAUAUUUUUCCAUUUUUGUUAUUCGGAGGGGAGGGCUGUUGAAGUUUUUAAUGAGGCAUUUGAAGUUUUUAAUGGGUUUGGGCUGUUGAGUUAAUAUGUAUAUUUUUUAAUGUGAACUGUCAUCUGAAUGAUCAAUGGAAAUGUUGGGCUAGUCUGUUGGAAAACGAUUCUGGCCUUUGUGCUGUUUCUUUUA